AAUUCCCGCAAGCCUUCCUUUCUCGCCUCCUCAAGCCUGCACCAGACCAUAGAACAGCGUCCACGUAAGAACAAACCCACUGAGCCCACCGAAAACCUCGCCGGCCCACAAGUCUCCCAGUGGCCUAUAGAAGUACUCUGACGGUUUGCCUUCCGCCCUGAACGCGAAGAUCAUCGCCGAAACCACCAGCGUUCCGACGAGGUAGAAUAUAAAGCCAGGGUACGAUUCCAAUCCGAGGGUGCCCGCAGCGACACCAAAAAGUGAGGCGGUGAGGUUUCGAAUGUUCGAGACGACCUGUGGCAAUGUCAAUGAAACCGGGACUUUCAGGAGGAUACGCGUGGUGAUAAAGCCGUGCUGAGGUGGGGGGCGCAUUUACCUGUGUGUUGUGCUGUACGCUCGUUUGCACGAUCGGGCUGAUCGCCAAUUCCCUUUCUUCGUUCAUGUUGUGUGCGAGAGUAUUUCGUGUUGAUUAUGGAAGAGAUGCGAGGAUUCUCUGGACGAUUCGAUCUGAGGCGCAGUGCAGUGAUUACACAGUACGGCUUUCUGUCGGCGUCCGGCCGUGGAGUCGGGAUAUUCUCGGAAUGCUGUGUGCUUCCUUUCUAUGUUACGUACGGAACGGUUGUUUUCGGUGUUCGAAUCAAUGGAUAGAGUGGAAAUGGCAACGAGGUGUUCACCUCUUCUGUAUGAGAGUAGGGUUGUGGUUGGGAACGAGUUUAAGGUUCAUGGAACUAAUAGAUGUCACGGUUGGAGCCGAGUGGUCCGGGCGCGCUGUGGAACAGCUGGGUUCAUUAUUGGUCUCCGUGGGGCAUGGAGAUGUCUCGCCAAAUUUGAUUUAUUGGUUAGGAAAGAGUAAUACCUGGAUUGUAUGCAGCACUGUUCAAAACAAAAUUCACAGGGGCAAUAAUUUACUAGGCAACUUCGUGUUUUAUCUCGAUGACAACAUGAAGUUCUAAUUGCGAUCAAUAUACUCCGUAGCCAUGCAGACACUUUGCAUAUUCCAACCAAAGAUUCCAGA